AUGGCGGACGGGAGUUCAACUAAUGUUUUGUUCGAUUCUGUUCGAUUUGUUUUAAGCAAUUGGGCAGUAUUGCAGCUCGCUGUUGAACAUUCAUUUGGAGGAAUUGACAGCAGAGAAAAAGCGGAAUGGAUGGUUGAUGUUGUAGACCAAGUUCUUCGAGAAAACGGUUUGUAUUCUCAGCACGUUUAAUUUGUGCGUUGUUAUAAACUCGAUCGAAUAGUCAGUCAAUCGAAAUAUUAUCAUUCGGUAAUGACCAUACUGGCGUGCUAAUAAAUGGUUGGGUAUUCUUAUACAGCCCAUUGCCUCAGAGUUACUGGAGGGCAGGGUUAAAGAUAAAAAAGAAGUGGAACAUCUCUGGAUGAAAUAUGGGCCUGGGGUGGCUGUGCUAUUACACAGGGUAUGUUUCCUCCUUUGCCUCUCUGUGCUGUACUGGGAGAAGUGAUGUGACACUGCAGGGUUUCUUGUAAUGCAGGUAUCAAAGUUCAGAUGGAGAGGUUGGGGGGGGGGUAUGGGCCAAAAUGCGGCAUUUGAAUUUUUUUGCAACUUUUUGGUCAAAUUCCUGUCUCUUGAGACUGGAAAAUAGUUCAAAUUUGAUAAAAUAUCCACACCUGGGGAUAACAAAACCAUGUAAUGACUUUCAAGGGCCCAACAGCAACAAGAUUUCAAAAAGGUCAAAUCUAAUCCACUUUCUUCUCUUUCUUCUGCCCGAUAUUAAACAUAUGAAAAUACUUGUAUCCCAAACUGAAUCCAACUGUCAGUUGAAAGUUCAUUUAACAAGCCUAGAUGAUUAUUUUGGCUACUCAUUGUGAAUUAAACUGGUUUUAAGGUCACCAAAGUAAGCUAAGUUAUUGUGACACCGCUCCUUGAUUUAUAAUAUCUGAAACCAGUCACUUCAACGAUUCUAAAAGGCUGAAAAUCCAGCUUUGGUUUCACCAAAAUGAAAUUAUUACAAUAUGCUUCAAACAAACUUUACAUUAUGCUGAAUACGAGAUGGAACGCUGUAGCAGUAUUGCAUUAUAAAAAUAUAAUGAUUAACCCUUUCACUACUACAGGCUAAUGGCCCCCAACCCCCCAUCUUCCUGAACAAUUAUCAAGGAUCUAAGAUGGCUGUGAUACUUAAUCAAAACAUGCAUGCUCAGUAGAUUUCAGAGCCUUGUUUCACACAAUUAACUACACAGACGUGAAGCCAAGAAGUCAUUCCAUAAGUUUAAAGAAUUAAUAAAGACAACUAUCCCUGCAUUCACAAGAUAUUUAAGAUAAAAUCCCAAGUAACGAAAAAAAUUCAAAUUUGCCGCCAUUUGCAGUGCCUAUUGUCAAACUUUGAAUGAAAAUUUAUUUGUAAUCCAUCACAAUAUAGCUUACUUUUUUAUAGCAAAACAAGGGAAAUUAUUAGAAUAUAACAAAUAUGCCAGAUUUGUGUUCACAAAAGUGAAAUUUUUAUGACUGUGUGUGUAAGGCAUUGUCAUAGCCUGUUCGGCAUAGUGCCACGUUGCAAAAUGCUAUAUUCGUAUCUUGUUUCCACUUUGUAGCCCUUGGGUGUUCUUCGCCCUGUUUAUUCACUGUACACAUUUCCUUUUUCUACCCUCCAUACGAGCUGAAACAUACUGAUUUGAGGGUACAGCAUGGUUCAGUUUGGAAUCUUGUUCCAUCUACGCUUUCGCUUUCAUUGCAAUAAACCAUCGAUCGUUGGUGUGCGAGGUCAAGUUUGAAAUCAAGUGUUUUGCGCUUCGAUCCAAUGCGUUCCGAUUCAAGAACAAAAGCAUUAAAAACAAAUACAUGAAAGAAGAACCAAAAGAUGUAUCUAUACCACCUCUUUGAUUGCUACUCCGAACAAGUAAAAAGAAUGAAGCUGAUCAGCACGAUCCACGCCGCCCAUGCGAGAAGUGUAAACAUCUGAAAUUGAAACUCUCGGGUUCAUCACUUGCGGUUGAGUUGUUGUCGCUUUUACUGUCUUCAGACUCACUUUCGUCGCUUUCUUCCUUAGAAAAUUCUUGCACUUCGAUGUCAGAUAACUCUGCAUCAACAUUCAAAUCAGUAGAACUUAAAUUACUCUUACCAUCAUCUUCCGAACCAAAAAUCGUAUUGAUUCGGCGGCGGCCAUAUUGAUAAACAAAGACAAAAUACAAACCUAAAGCACGUUCAAAUUUACUGAAUAUCUAUAAUUAUAUUAUAACUAGCGAACUAAAUUCUCUUAAAAGCAAAUAGACAAAAGAAGGAAAUGCUCAACCAUCUGGCUUUUGGUGUGUUUUAUGGCAUGAGAGAAAUCCAGUAUACAAAUUGCGUGCGUAGGUUCACGCACAUACGUCUUCGUAGCGAAACCAAACUUCGGCCCUUCACUACUGGCCUCAUGCAAUAGUUUUGUAUGUGCACUUCUUGUGAUUUGAUUGGUUUAUGCCUGCCCAUAACAAUAGAACAAUAAGUAUUGACAAAGACUGCGUUACCUAGGGUAUACAGCGCAUUUUUUUGCACCCUUUUCUUGUGGCCGCUUUUGGUCGCUCUAGGAAAAAUUGGCCAUUUCCGGCUGGCCGCUUUUGGCCGCUUUAGUAAUGAAAGGGUUAAUACAUGCCAGCUUCACACUUAGUGAUAUUUUCUGAGAUGGUGUCUCCUGGAAAACAAGUUUAGGACCCAGUCCUCUGCACUGUCAAAUUCAAAAUAAUAUCAGCAGCAUGGGGCAAGAUUUGUGGUCGAAUUCCCCAGAGAGGGGGACAGCAGAAGUGGUCAAAUGCUGCACCUUUGCCCAUAUCCCCCCCCACCCCACCCUCUCCGUCUAAACAUUGAUACCAGCAUAAAGAAACAGCCAAACAAGAACAACAACAAACUAACCCCUUAUUAGCCUGUGUACAGAUUUCCCUCUGCUCAGAAAAAAUCGGAGAAGAGACAUCUGUGAAUCGUCAUCGUUAAUCGUGUUCCGGUAUACAUUCAACUGGCAGAGAAAAACAAAAACAAAAUUAAAUUAUGCUUAUUUUGCAUAAUUUUUUUUGUUUUUGUUUUUUCUCUGACACUUGAAAAGGUGUUGACAGACCAACACGACUCUGGACUCUUGUACAGCACGUAUGCAGUUAUUGGACAUUCUCAACCUUUAUAGCUAAGCUAGGCUCUAACUAGAAUAUCUAGUUAUAAUGAGUAUUUUAUUCUCUGGAAGAUUCAAACACAUUCUUCAGUCAUUUUUUAGCUCAUAAAGUCAGUCUGUUUCUGUGCAUCGAUUUCCUGUGGUUUUUAGUUUGGGAGAAUUUUGAUCUGUAAAGCACUGUUUACAUUUCCAGUCAAGCGUUUUAUGCAGGAGUUGAUCCAAGAUCGUUCACUUCUCUUCAUCAAGAAAUUACAAUAAAUUUAUAGCCUUACUUUUGCCUAAUUCUUUGAGUCAUAAUCGACACAUGUACCCCAAAAAUUGCCCUGGCGUCUGUACAUGGGCUAGCCGAACAUCUUUACGCAAUGUUCACACUAAAAUCCAGAUACGAUCUCUAAUUAAGCGUUGAAUUCUGUACAUCCUUCUCUUGUUAUUUAAAAUACCAGCCGGCAGAGAAAGACGCACCAGCAAUCGGUACAGCCUGAAACAUCGGUGCCUAUUCCAGAGACCCAAAAUACAAGUAAAUAGAUAUAAACGUGCUAAGCUGUCCACGAAGGCUGAGUUUUUCCCCAGGGAAUCUAUUCUGAGGUUCAUUCACCAAUAACAACACCCGAAAUUAUUUGUGUCAUGGCAUUAACAUUACAACCAAUCGGAGGCUGUCCCCAACAUUGCUGGGAAAUGGGAACACAAUUAUAGCGGCGAUUCACAGACAUCUCCUCUCCCGAUUUUUCCUAAAGGGAGGGGGGACGUCUGUAGACAGGCUAACCCCUUAUUAGACAGAAAAAUAAAUACAUGUAUAUUGCAGCUUAGGUAGCAAUAAUCGGCAAGGUUAGGUUAAGUUUUACAAGGCUUUCUCUGUUCUUUUGUAGAGACUAUAGAAAAUGAUGAAUUAGAGAGUUAUAUCGAAGAAAUUUUGUUCAAUGAGUUUCACACAAUGGCUGAAGAUGGAAGCCUACCCAAGGUUAGUUUUAGUGACUAUAACACUGUACAAUCACUACAUAAACAUUUGCAUCCUUGUUAUCGUCUAGAUCUUCAUAAACAUCAUCAUUAUUAUAAUGAUAUGUCUGUCUCCGACCUUAUGGGAAACACUAAAUAACUGAAUAAGUUAAGUAUCUUAACCAGGAAUUUGACUUUGGGAGACCAUAGCUUAUCUAUCUGUCAAUAAAAACUACUAACAUUAAAGAGAUGACAAGUCCCAACACUCUAUAAUAAUACAAUGGGGUGUUAUAUAACCUGACAGUAUGAUCCUAUGAAAGUUAUUAAAUUAAUGAUCUAAGAUGGCAGUUGAGAUGCAAUGCCGCUGCUCUGCAUACACGAGUGAGCAGCAAGGUGAAAUUUGAUUAACAGCCUUUAGAUGAUCUAUGUAUGGACUAUUUUAGUAAUUUGAAUAUAAUUAAGGUUGAAUUUUUUUCCUGUAGGUUGCUCUUUGAAUUUUUGUACUUUUUUCUAAUUCUUUAUAAAUAAUGUGAAAAUCAAGUUCAACAGUUUGUUGUACUGUUUAUUAUAUUUUUAUUUAAUUAAUAAGGAAGCCUUGACUGUGCUCUUUUCUAUUGUAAAGUAAACAGAAAGAGGCUAGAGCAAGAAAGAAGUCUAGGGGAAACAUGAGAUGUAGGAGAGUGUUUCUCCCUACUUCUUGAGUGCUCUAAGCUGCUUACUAGGUGCCUUACAGCAGAACAGAGCACAGUCAAGGAUUCUUUAUUUGUUUUAAGAUAAAGAAUCCAUUAAAUUCCCCAUGCAGUACCUUCUAACGUUCAAAACAAACUAUUUAUUGACACUUGCACUUUCCUCAGUCCUUUUUUUUUUCGGGGGAAAGUAAAGUUUUUUCUUUUUUUGAAGGAGAAAGAAAGACACUAGCAGCAAAUAAAUUCAUAAACAGUUAAAUAAAUACAAAAUGUUUGAGCGCAACAUGGUAUUGUGUUUAUUGAUAAUGCGAAUCAGGCAGUGGCCUGAAUUACAGAUGAGAAAAAUUAAGCAAAAAUUCAUUCUAACCAGACAGCGGCUUCCCAAAGAAAACUGCCUCAUUUUCAUGUGUUUUGCCGCCAUUUCUCAAGUCUUCUGUCUUCUCUGGUCUGAGUGAGAAAAAUCUAUCAAAAUGCAGCGUUUUAUCAACAGCUUUUUCAAAGAAAGUGGUAAGUAGAUGCUCUUAUAACAUGCUUUCAAUUCUUCUUAAUAAUCGAACCAAAAUUUUAGCUUGUUUUGAUAUUAUUUAGCGAAGACCCUGAAUAGCUAGGCGGUGAAUUCACCCAUAGAUAUUGCCUCAGUCAUUAUUUUUUUCUGGUUAUGGCCCUGUUAUACCUUCAUAAAGCAUGCUUUUUCAACCAUCGCAAUCAGAGUGUGCAUUGUACCUGAACUUUAUUAUAAUAUUUUGCAGAUUGUCCAGAAAUUAUGUAGCUUUCACAAAAUGUGGAAACAAGGAAACACAGUACAGAUUCAACAGGAAAUCAGUUUAGCUCCGAUAACAAAACCUCCUCAGUGUGUCAAGAAACAAUCGGCUGCUACUCAGAUUGAUAGCGAUGAUGAUGAUGAUGAUGAUGAUAAAGAUAACAUGAGAACUAGGGAAGCUCAAGCUGUUGUUAAUGGACAUGAUGGUAGUUCUACAGUAAGCCAACAGCUUGACAGACUUCACAUCUCACAAAACAGUACACAGAGUCCUUCCAGCUUAGUAGAGCCAGGACAAAGUCAGUCACCAAAUGGUGGGUAGAGACAAAUCAGUAGACUGUUAGCUUGUAAUAAUACCUUUACCUUAACACUGACCAGCCUUGAUGCUUUAUUAGCAAAGUUAAUGGAGGCAGGAGGCAGCAUGGCCAAGCGGUGGACUUGCAAUUCGGAGGCUCCAAGUUCAAGUCCCACCCUAGCCUUGUCUUGUCCUGACCUGACGCUAGCUGGAUUUGUUCACGCUAGUCUUGAGUUCAAAUCAUCGGCCAUGCUUGUAAAUAGCCAACAGGUUUGCCUCUGGCCAGCUGGGAUUCUUAACCCCAUGAAGUUUGAUUUAUAA